AUGUAUGUACAUACAUAUCUUAUCUUGCAGAGAAUUGGAAAGAACGGGGAAUCGAAUCAGUGGUUUGAUUAAAUAUUUGUAAAGCAGCAGGUCGUUAGAAAAACAUUGUCAGAUUUUUAGCACCAAACAAUAUAGUAAAAGCGCACAUUGGAAGUAUGGCUACCGUCACCUAUGAACAAGUUAAAGAUGUGCCCAAUCAGCCUAGCACCUACCUGAUCGAUGUGCGGAACAAAGAUGAACUCGCCAGGACUGGUGUGAUACCAGGCGCUAUAAGUGUACCAAUGCCGGAGCUGGAAGCUGCAUUUCAAAUGUCUGACAACGACUUUAAAACCGCUUUCAAUCGUGACAAACCCAGUGAAGGGACGGUGCUGAUAUUCUCUUGCCAAGCUGGUGGACGUGCCAAGCGAGCUUACGAUUUGGCAGUUGCGAAUGGCUACAAAAACGCCAAGUAUUACCCUGGUUCAUGGACUGAGUGGGCGGAAAAGGAGGGCUCGAACAAGGCUUAAGAUGCGAUAAGUGGACGGACGCUGAUUAUAGUCCGACUUUGUCGUGUAUGUAGCAGACAUGGUAACUUAAAAGCAAUCAACGAAUACAUAUGUCUGAAUGUAGCACACUAUAACUGCAUGUUUCCAAUUUAAAAUUAAUCAAGCGGUAUGCUAUUUAUUGCAUUUAAAGUAGUUUACAAUUCAUGUAGAAUGUUAGCGCUUAUUAAAUAAAUUAAAAGUAUAAAACUUAA